UCGUUGAUUGCAUUGGGGGAUCACAGAGAAAGGGUGAGCGUUGAACCCAAAGUCCCCACCCAGGCGAGCUCCCUCCACCAACCACCCCCGCCCACCCACGCGCGCUCAACCUGCUCGGCGAAAUGCCGCCGAACCACUUCUCCCUGCAGAUCGCCUCCCGGACUCUAAUCCAGGCCUCGGCCCCGCCGCCGGGCUUCCCGUCCAUCCACGCCGUCUCCAACCUCGACCUCGUCCUCGGCCCCUUCCCUAUCUACCUCAUCUGCCUCUACCCACCCGCGCCGUCGGGCCUCCCCGCCGUGCUCUCCGCCGUCCGCGCGGCCCUCCCGGGCUUCCUCUCCGCCUUCUUCCCCUUCGCCGGCCGCGUCGUGCGCGACCCGGACACCAAUGUCCCCCUUGUCGCCUGUUCCAACGCCGGCGCUGAGCUCGUCGUCGCCGACGCCGCGACCCCCCUCGCGGACCUCGACUUCGCCGAAAUUGAUGCGUCGCUUGGACUCAUCCAGAUCCCCUUCGAUGGGAGCCUCCCCUUGUCGCUGCAGCUCGUCCGCUUUGCCUGCGGCGGGUUCGCGCUGACGGUUGCGACGAACCACCUCCUCGCCGAUGGCAGGGCGUUUGUUCUGCUCCUCAAUUGCUUCGCGGAGAUGGUCCGCACGGGCGGCGGCGGCGGGCUCUCCGGCGGCCCGCCCCGGCUCGACCGGUGUUUGUUGAGCCCGCGGUCACCGCCGCGGUACAGCCCGUCGUUGGACGCCGAGUUCGCGAGGUUCACGCCGGCCACCAUGAUCAAUCCCCUCCUGACCUUGGCUAUCCGCCGCCGCCUGUACCGCAUCGACGCCGCCGACCUCGCCGCGCUCCAGAACGCCGCAUCGGCAUCGGCAGGCGGCCGCCGGACCUCGCGCUUCGUGGCGCUGUGCGCGCACGUGUGGAAGCUCCUGGCGCGCGCCGUGGGAGAGUCCGACCCCAGCUGCCGCAUGGCGUGGAUCGUGGACGGCCGGAAGUGCGUCGGCGGCGUUGGCGAGGAAGAAGGCGGCGCCCUGGACCGGUACGUGGGGAACGUGGUGACGUACACCUCCCAGGAGGCGAGCGUGGGGGAGCUGCUCGCCACGCCGCUGCACGAGGUGGCGGCCACGGUGCGCGGGGCCAUUGCCGGGGUGAUGAGGAAGGAGAGGUUCCAGGAGCUGGUGGACUGGGUGGAGGAGAAGAAGGCGGCGUACAAGGACGGCGGGAAGUGGACGGAGGCGGUGAACCUCGGCCUCGGGAGCCCCACGCUUGUGAUCUCUGGCCUGCUGCCCUUCGCCAUCGACGGGGACCUCGGCGGCGGGCUGGGGAAGCCGAGGCUGGUGCUGCCGUGGGUGCGGCACGGCCGGCUGGGGUCGGCGGCGGUCACGGUGGUGCCGUGCCCGGGCGGGGACGGGUCGUGGUUCGUCGGCGGUACCAGGCUGUGGCCACGGCUGGUGGAGGUGAUCGAAGCCGGCCCCGAGAGCUUGCUCAAGCCGGUGACGGCGGCGAGCCUGGGGUUCGCCGGCGCGCACGGUUCUCGUCUGUGACCGAGCCCGUGGCUGGGAAUGACAUGAUUCUCCGGUGAAGUUAUUCAACGCCUUUGUUGAUUUGUUGUAAAGCUCACAAUACAUACAGGCCAUGGGCUGAGAGCUCUAGAGUUUUUACUGAACUGAACUUGAAUGUAGCCGUUAGCCAUGAUAUAUGUAUGAACUUGGUCGAAUAAACCAUUUGUCAUACUUCUAUUUGAAAA